UAAACGAUGAAAUAUCGAGUAGUUCCGGUUUUCUGUGCACGUUGUUUUGUUGUUGACUGUAAUCCGGCAAUUAUUUAGAGUUUUUGACUGUGUUAAAUAUGAGUCUAGGAGUGAAGAAAACUGAGGUCAAACAGAUUACAGAAGCAUUAAAGAAAUUGACCAAGACAGCAGAUGAAUUGUUAGAUGAAGCAGCAGAUAUAAAUCUCCAGUUUACAGUAAAGAAAAUUCCUAAGCUUACAAACAAAACAAUUAAAAUAAAACUACCACAUGGAUUACAUAAAAAGAACACAGAAGUCUGUUUAUUUGUUAAAGAUGUAAAUAAAAAAAGUAGAGAGCAUGAACUAUCAUCAGAUCAUUUCCAAGAUUUACUCAAGAGUAAAGGGGUCACAUGUAUUUCAGAGAUUAUUCCAUUGAAGUCUUUGAAACUAGAAUACAAACCAUAUGAAGCCAAAAGAAAUCUUUCUCAAAAUUAUGAUAUGUACCUAGCAGACAGUAGAAUUGUCAGAUUGCUACCAUCAUUACUAGGCAAAAGUUUUUAUGGGAGAAAAAGGCAACCAGUACAAGUGAACUUAGAAGCUAAGGAUUUGAAGAAAGAAAUAACAAAUGCUGUAAAUAACACAAGAUGCAUUAUAACAGGAAGAGGUCCAGUCAGUAUGGUAAGAGUGGCCCAUUUUGACCUAAAGACACCACACAUUGUAGACAAUGUCAUGUCUGCCUUAGAACAGUUGGUUUCAGCUAUACCAGGAGGUGCUGCCAACAUCAGAAAUGUUUACCUUAAAACUAAGGACUCCAUGGCUCUUCCUUUAUAUGUAUCAAUGGGAUCAAUUGAAGAGGUUAACUUGCCUAACACAAAAAAGACAAGGAAAGAGUUAGUUGUUGAUGAAAUCACAACAGUAGAAGAGGGCAAGGUGGAGAUAACUCCUACAGGAUUUGUCACAGUAGUCAAAGAGGGACAAAAAGGUGGAAAAAUAACAUUGAGAGGAAAAAGAUCAGGAAAGAAGGGGCUUACUCCAAAGAAAAAGAAAAGGAAGUUAAAUAAAGCAAAGAAAACAUAACUUAAAUAGUGUUGGCUCUUGAUUUGUUGUAUUACUGCAAUAAGUUUAUAGCCUAGAGUUACAUGGAACUGCAACUUGAAUUAUGCCGAAUAAUUUUGCAAUCAUCACAUCUUUUGAACUAAUGAUAUUAUUGAUUCCAAUUUUUAUCAUUUUGUCAAACUUGUGGUUUAAAGUAUUAUUGUUUUUGUUGACAAUACCUUGAGCAAAGGAAAGAAUAUCUUAAUAGUAAUAAAACAAUGAUGUAAACUA